AUGUUUACGAUGAUCGAGCCGAGGAGUGACAGGGUGACCAACACCCAGACGAAACAUCAUUGUUACCAAGUGAUCAGGACCACUAGGGUGCACCAGAGUUCCAGAAGUUCGAGGAUGGUCACCGUUCAGGAGAAAGUGAUCAGAUCGCGGCUACAGUUGGGCUAUUCCACGCCUACCAACUUCAUCAACCGAACCCUUAGCAGACCUUACGAGAGCUCCGCCACCGUGGAGCUUAUUCGCGUUAAUUAUAUGCAUAAAAGGGAACAGAGUAUAUCUCUGUCGAGCGUGGAUCGUGUUCCCACGCGGCGUUCUUCUCCCGCGUAA